AUGAUUCUGAUACGUUUUUCGUGUUAUGCAUGCAAAAUUCGUGACAUCCAAUCUGUAUUGUGCAAUAAAGAACUCUAUUCGACCAGCACCGCCUUUUGGGAAUAUAACAAUUGGUGCCGUCGCCAGGAUCAGGAUGAAGGUACCGUGACCAGUAGCCUUCGAGGAUGGGGACGUUCAGAUGUUCCUGGAGGAUUUCGAGGAUGUGGCGGAGCUGGUCGGAAUACGGACGGAUCGCGGCAAUAA